AUGUCUUUCCUAUGGAUGGGCGAAUCACACCGUGGAACGGCGGCAAACAUCGCCGAAUACCAAGAUGGAAAUUUUCGGGUUCAUUCGCAUUCAUAUAUUCAACCAAGUGCGGUUAUUAUACCGUACUUGGAGCUAGCUGGUUUUGCGAAUGUGGCAAAAAUUACAAGUCUAAAAGUAGACUCUAAACUCAUUGUGGCAUUAUUAGAGAGAUGGAGACCGGAGACACAUACAUUUCAUUUACCAACCGGUGAAUGUACCAUCACAUUAGAGGAUGUGAGCAUGUUAUUCGGUCUCCGAAUCCAUGGAAAAGCUGUCAAUGGGCCAACAAACGUAACAAAUGACGUUUACAUGGAAUAUUUGGGAAUCCAACCAACCGCCUCGGAUAAAAAUGGGGCUUCUAUCAAAAUUGUUUGGCUAGAAGCAGUAUUAACGCAACUAAAAAAUAACCCUAACCCGUCCGAGGCAGAAAAUAUUUUACAUGCAAAAAUUUAUAUUUUACUUUUAAUUGCUACUUUUUUAAUGCCAGAUAAAAGUCACAAUUUGUUGCAUUCUUCUUGGUUACCUUUAGUAGGAGACCUUGAAAAAUGUAAUUCAUACAGUUGGGGUUCUGCUUGUUUGGCUACAUUAUAUAGACAUAUGUGCAAGGCGGCCCAUAGAGGAGUAAAGAGCAUAGGAGGAUGUGUGGUAUUACUAUCUGUAUGGGCAUUCACACGCAUACCCUUGAUAGCCCCAGUUAGUAACGAGGUUCCAUCAUUUCCUUAUGCAUUAAGAUGGUGCAAACGAGGUAUGAAUUAUCGAACUAAUCCUCGACAUCAUUUACAAGGGUACCGUGUUGCAAUAGAACACAUGGAAGAAAAAGAUUUUAUUUGGAGGCCGUACAUACAAUAUCCAGUGCCUGAUUAUAAUGACAGCCGAGUCUGGAGUGCAACAACAUACAUCAUAUGUUUCUAUACCGUUGAGAUGCAUCAGACGGAUCGAGUCAAACUCCAAUUUGGAUUUGAACAACAAAUACCGUCUCCGCCAAGAUGUCUAAGUGAACACCAUAACAUGACUAUGGUCAAAGCUUGGGACACGCAUUGGCAAGAUUUAAAUAAAGAAGAGCUGAAAGAAUGGAAAAGAAGAAGGCAUUUGGUGUUACAAGGAAACUCGGUCAAUGGUGAUCAUGAAGAAGCUAUUGAGAAAGAGAUAGAUGAGGAGUCAAAAGAAGACAAAGAAGAAAAGAAAGUGGAAGAGUGUCAAGAGGUAGAAGACUCAGACAAAAGUGAAAAUAAGGAAGAGAAUGUGGAACAAUUUGAUGAAGAGGAAGGGGAGCAAGAAGAAACAUCAGAAGAAGCUAGUGAGGAAGAAGUGAAGGUUGCGAAUGAGGCUAUAACUGUGUAG